GGGGAAGAUCAUUGACCACUUGGACGUAUUGCAAAACAAAAACUGAUAGGUGACCCAACCUACCUAACAAAACCCUCUGCUCCCUGACAAAACCAUCUGAAGUCCUGGUGCAGCAAUUACUCCAGUUACAAUCAUGGCCAAUACCUCCAAUCAGAGUGUUGAGUUUGUGAGGACCGGAUAUGGGAAAAACACAGUGAAGGUUUUUCACAUUCGACGUGAAGGGACUCAUCAUCACAUCACUGAGCUGGUCGCAGAUGUUCAGUUAACGCUGAAGACCGUCAAAGAUUACCUGACAGGAGACAACUCUGACAUCAUCCCCACCGACACCAUCAAAAACACUGUCCACGCUCUCGCCAAACUGAAGGGAAUUAAGACCAUUGAGGACUUUGCCUUGGAUAUCUGCGAACAUUUCCUCACAUCGUUCAAACAUGUCACACGAGUGAAGGUGAACAUUGAAGAAGUUCCCUGGAAACGACUGGAAAAGAAUGGAAUUGAGCAUGAACAUGCUUUUAUCCACUGCCCUGAGGCACAACACUUCUGUGAGGCCGAACAAUACCUCAAUAUGACUCCCGUGGUUCACAGUGGUGUGAAAGACAUGAAAGUACUGAAGACCACUCAAUCUGGUUUCGAAGGUUUCUUGCGGGACCGUUUCACCACUCUCACAGAAGCAAGGGACAGAUUCUUCUGCACCUCCGUUUAUGCGAAAUGGCGAUACAACACCGUCAAUGUGGCAUUUGAUGCUGCAUGGAAAACUGUGAAGGACACCAUCAUUCAGAAGUUUGCUGGACCCUAUGAUCGUGGAGAAUAUUCUCCUUCUGUGCAGAAGACACUUUAUGAUACACAAGUCCUGGUGCUUGACAGAGUUCCUGAGGUGGAGGAAAUUGAGAUAAUUAUGCCCAACCAGCAUUAUUUCAUUAUUGACAUGACAAAAUUGGGACUCUCGAAUAGGGAUGAGGUUUAUCUUCCUCUUGAUAAUCCAUCAGGAAACAUCACUGGAACGGUGCGCAGAAAGCCACGUGCCAAACUCUGAAGACAGACGGAAAACAUUUUCAUACUAAAGACCUCAAUACAAAGAAGUUUACUAAAAGUAUAAGAUAUUAGCUGUCCUUUAAAAUUAAAGAAAAAAUGUAACUACAAUCAGAUGUUUGGGAUAUGUGACACAGAAAAUGAAAUAAACUGGAAAAAUUACAGAAUAAAUUUAAAAUGUAUAAAACUGAAGAAACUUGGUGCUGUAAGUGUGGCUUCGAAACAUUUACGAAUCUUUUGUUUCGAAUCAUUGGUUCGGAGCUUGUUUCAAACGGCCAAAGUCACGUGAUUUUAGCAAACGAUGCUUCAUUACGUCAUAACUGUUUCGAAACGUUUCGAAAAUCCGACGAUUCACCACUAGGGGGAGUUGAUCAAACAUGACCAGUGUAGGUGAACUCGGGUCAGUUUUAUUAUAAAAGUUCAUAAAACAUUCAUCCUUCUGACUGAUAAUAACACUACCAAUUUGUCUACUUUUUGUUUAUAGACAGAUUUAAUGACAAAAAUAUGCAGAAUUAAAAAGAGAGUUCGUUUUAAUGAUGUUUUUGCCAUAUAAAUAAAACUAAAAACACAGAAUACACGUUUAAUUAUGUCAUAAUUAAAUUAAAUACUUUAUUUUUCUUAAAAACAAAUUUUUAGAACAAUCUUGCUAUUAUUUUGUAAAAAGUGGAAAAUGUUUGAACAGAUCUUGCUGCUUUUACACUAUUUUGACCAGCAGAUGUCGCCAGCCUGUAUGGUGUUUCGAACGCUUCGAAAAACUGAAUACAUUUGUGAAGCAAUUGGUUCAGUUGAUUCGAAGCUUCGAAAAGCUUCGUUUCUCCCAUCACUAAAGUGUUGGCGAUGACUGAGACAACAAACUUUAUGACAUCACCCUGUAGCCGUUUCUCAAUGUCAAGGAAGGAUCCUCGGAAGCUAGAAGUUCGAGGAUGCUACGUCAUCGACGUCCGUCGAAGGACUGUUCCAAUGUCGAGGAUCCUCGAAAUAUCAGCCAAGGACCGAGUCCUUCGUUUGAGAAAUAACCCAUAUACAGGAAAGGAUGCAAAUUUGUAUCCUUCGCGCUCUUCACGCGCUGAAAUAACCACAAUCCUAAGCGCGCAGCACCAAAGCACACUGUCAGUACCCGAUCCGUGCCGCCUGCCCGAACUGUUUUGAGCAUGCGCAUAAUUAUGCGCAUGCGCAGAAGCUCUACGUGUUUUACGACAGUUUACGACCCUACCUGAUCUGUUCUACGCAUGCGCGACAACCGGAGUUUAAAAAUAGUGAAGAAAUGCGUCAUAUAACAACACCGGCGAACAUAUGGAGGCUAAGUAAUUUGUAUAAAGGACCAACAUGGACCAGUAUUUAUUUCAUUCUGCCCUUCGGCAGUACCUACUAAGUGGGAUGUCGAUGUCGCGGUUGACUGGAAGAGAGUCAUGCGGGUGGCCAACCACUUCGUUGUAGAUGAUUUGUCCAUGCUGAUGGCCAUGCAGCAUAGUUGAAGCAGACCUGUCAGAAAACAUCUCUAAGGUGCUAUGAAUCCAAUGACUAGAUACGCAUCCUAAAAUUACUAGAGGUUACGGAAGCUCCUUUUUGGAUCCAGCUUCAUUUGUGAAGACUUCAGAUGAUGCCAACACUCACAGAGACUUAAGACGAUGGCAACAAUAGAUGAAGCAACACUCACAAAGACUUUAGAUGAUGGCAACUAUAGAUGGACAUACAAAAUUGCCAAAUAUAAUAUUGUAAUUACUGCCCCAAAGCGCAAGUUUGCAGAUUUUUAACCCACUUUAUAUUGUUACAAAUACAAUAGAUGCUAACAUUUGAACAGAAAAUGUUUCCUCUUUAUUCUUGAGUUAAUUGUGCUGAUUUAUUCCCUUUUUUUUAUCCACAGUACUUUGCCAAAAUUAUGUUUUGCAUCAUCCAAAUGGUUCAUUUACAAAUUACAGACAUUGUAACAACAUAAAGUGGGUUGAAAUUUUGCCAACUUACCCUAUAAUAAUAAUAAUUGUCUUUUAACUGAACAUGACUUUAAACACAUGACUUGUAUUAUCUUAGAGCUAUUGUGAUAUUAAUAUUGUUUUGUUUCCAGAAUAUUCUCCUCAGUGAGUCACUGUUACCUCGGACUGAUUAAGGGAUUUUUUGUAACCUUGAAACAUGCAUUGGUUUUACAAUGGUCAAACUGCAGAUCUUAUUUCAAGGUUUUGUUACCAUGGUUCUACUACAGUAACAAUAUUGAAAUGCUGGAAUGAAACUGUGGUAACCAUAUUAUUUUAAAUCAUGGUAAAUUUGUGGUUACUAAAAUGCACUACUAUAUGUUGGUUUAAGAGCAUGAUUAUUUUUUAUGUAUUAAUAAACCAUGGUUGAUUUUAUAUUUACCGUGGUUUUACUGCAAAUUAUGGUAAAAAAUUAUAGAAAACUUUUGCAUGGAGACAGAAAAAAAGUGUAAACUGAAUGUUUCUAUUCGUAAGUCACGUUGGUUAAAUGCAUCUGAUAAAUGUAAAUGGAUUUGUAUAUUUAUUCUGUUUACUGAAACUAAUAAAUUUGCAGUUGCUAUUGUA